UGACGCUGGAAUCUGGCUGAGCCAGCUUCUCACCUUCCUCUCACCCCACCAGCAUCAGCACUCACCCCCUUCGCACCUCUGCUGCGCGCAUACACUUGGAGCGCCGACUGCGAGCGCAACGCCAACUGUCCAUCGUCGGCGCAAGCGCGCCUCUCGACUUCCUUCUCGCACGCCCUUCCUCUCUGCCGCUGCGCUGCACUCGCGGCCGCGCCUCUCGCAGCCGCAAUAAGCGCCGUCUCGUCGCUGCUGCGGCUCAUGGCCUCGACGCCUGUGCGUGCGGCGGCGGCUGGUGCUGCGUCGUCGUCGUCGUCGUCGUCGCCGCGCAAGGCGCCGCGCCGAGCUCGCGAGCGUGCUCGCCACAACGCUGCCGCGGGGUCUAGCAGCUCGGCGUCGGCAGAGGCAGCGGCGGGCGAGGACCAAGGCGAGAAGUUGCCGCGCGGCCCGAGACAGCGCAAUGGAGCGCCCAAGCAGGCCGGUGCCAGCAGCCCGCCAGCAGGAGCAAGGCAGACGACGCCUCUCGCGCCACUGCCCGUCGUCGAGAUGCCUGGAGCUAGCACCGGGCAGACUGGCAAGCCUGCCACCGCCAGCUCUUCGGCAGGACCCCCGGAGAGCGCGCCCGCAAAGCCGUGCAGAGAUCCGCGGACGCUGCUGGGUGUUCCUGGGGCAGCCAAGAACGGAUCUGCGUCUGAGCCUCGCGUCAUCGCCAAACGCCCGCUCCGAAGCGGCCCUGCCUCGACGCAGAUCGCGCACGUCGAAGCACGCCUGCGUGCCUUUGCGUUCAAUGAGGAGCAGAACCGGGCACAGCAGGUGUUCGGCACUGGCGCAGGACAAGGCAUCGCGAUCCCGGAUGCACCGAGAAGCAUGAAAAGCCCUGCGCCGCGCAGUGCCGGCGUGGCUAUUGGAGGUGGUGUCGGCGUCGCUGUGCCAGGCCCAUCGAACGCAGGCGGUCGCGAGGCCAGUCCAUCUGCAACGCCCAGCGCGGGGCUCUACAUUCCGACGAAGCCGCAUGAGCAUCCGGCGCAACCGCGGCCGCCUGGCAUUCCACGCAACCCGCCGUAUGCAGAAGGCACGCUGCCGAUUCCUACAGCAUCGCGUCAAGAAGAGGCGCAGCUCAAAGCAGCCAUGGCGCCGCUCAUCAAGGGCGCUCCCACGCGCGCCAGACGGGAACAGGCGAACGAGAUCAUCGCGCAAGACCUUGCCGACGCUACAACGCUCCUCAGAAAGCUGGAGGGCGCAGAGGCGGCUGCGAUCGCCAAGGCAGAGAAGGCCUCUGGCUCCAAGCCGCUGUCAGACUGGCGGGAGGCAGUCGGCCGCCAGGCACGCGACAUCUGGGACUCUACUCGCGCAUCGAAGGCCGAUAUCAAUGCCCGGCGAGGCCUCAUGACUCGUGUCCAGGGAGCGAUCUCGCGGCGCUGGGGCGCGCACGGCCUGAUCGUCGCGCCGUUUGGCUCGUCGAUCACGGGCAUGUAUGGCGCAGACAGCGAUCUUGACCUCGUGCUGCUGGAUCCGAUGAGGCCGCUGGGCGUUGGCACUCCGGAGCGCUUCGUGCUGCCCUCGCGCGCUCGCAAUCUGCGCUUGCGCGGCAACAUGCCAGACUACUACGACGUGCGCGUCGUCGGCCAUGCGCUCAGCGCCGGCGGCUUUGUCGACGUGCAGCCCGUCGUCUUUGCCGCCGUGCCGAUCGUCAAGUUCCGCGACCCGCAGACCGGCCUUCAGCUCGACUUGAACAUCAACGACCGCUUCGGGCAGGCCAACUCGGACCUGCUGCGCACGUACGCCGAGCUGCGGCCGUCGCUCUUCCGGCCCUUCGUGUCUGCCAUCAAGACGUGGGCCAAGCGGCGGCAGAUUAACGACCCGUCCGGCGCGCUCGGCAGCGCCACGCUCAGCUCGUACUCCUACACGCUGCUCGCGAUCCAGUACCUGCAGUCGACGGGCGAUCUGCCCAACCUGCAGUCGCCUGAACUGCUCAAGGCGCUCGAAGUGCCGCAAGAACGUCUCUGGAAGGCAGGCAAGAUCACUCACCGCCGUGCGACUGCCGCCGAGCGGGAGCGAGCGCGCCAGCUUGGGCAUGCCCGGCCGGGCGAUCGGCGCGUGACGCAGCCAGGCAAGAUCUACGACGUGACGUUUGCGCGGCUGCAGAAGCCGCAUGCUGCGGCGCCGUUUCGCGCAGAGCCUAAGGACGAGCACAGCCAGAAUGUGGCGCUCGGCGCCGCCAUUGUCGGCUUCUUUACGUGGCUCGACCAGCUGCCGCGCUGCGCCGUGUCCAUCGCUGCGGGCAAGAUUCGGCCGCGAGCACCCGAGCGCAAGAGCAAGAUGGCUAGCGCCGAGAACGGCAGCGAGGCUGAGGAUGCUGAAUCCCAGGAGGUAGAGGCUCAGAAGGCAGAGGCCCAAGAGGCAGACGAGGUGCUGCCGAAUGUCGAGAACGCGGUGCCCGACGACGAGGCUGUCAAUGCUGCCGAGCAGGAGGAUCUCGCCCUGCCCGCGCGCGACGGAGACGUCACCAUGACGCUCGACAACUUCGAGGAGCCGGACUCUUGGCGGCAGAAUCAGCUCGUCAUCCAGGAUCCAUUCAUCCUCGACCGCAACUGCGCUGGCGGCAUGAAGGCGGAGAGUGCCUGCGACCGGUUGUACGCCGAGGUGCGGCGAGCGCGAGCCCAGAUGACUGCAGCCGCAGAAGCAGCGGAGCCCGCCGGCGCCGCGCCCGUCAGCGACGUGCCCGGCCCGGUGCGCCGUCUGCUGGGCGAGCUGUGCGCCGACGUGCGCCUCGAUCUGGCGCACGACUUCAUCGCGGGCCUGCAGCAGGCCGAGCUGGCGCUGCAGCAGAACAAGAUGCCCAAGAUCCCCGCGUGCCCGCGCGAGCUCGUCGAGCUGCUUGAGCAGCAGCAGCGCGAGACGACGCCGCUGCAACACGAGGCAUGAGCGCGACGGCGCGGAGAUGCUGCAGCUUGCACGUGGACCCUAUCGAUAUAUUCAUGAGCUGCGCAUCGCUUCAUAAGUCUUGUCGCUGGCCACAGGACCGUGUGGGAGUCGUCUGAGGAGGUGAGCGAGAGACUUGCAGGAGGAGGAGGCGGAGGCAGCUGUUCCCACGCGCCCCGCGCGGCGCCUCCACUUGGGCGCGCCGCGGCGGUUAGCCCGCUCCUUCGCAGAGUGCACGAGCCACCUCACGCCCUGCUCGGAUGUCGCGCGACACAGACCGAGCAUCUCAGGCAGGCGGGCGCUCUGCAGCUGGAGUGCGAGCAUGUGGAUUACUCUGCAGCGGCGGUCGAGAAUGCAG